GUUCAUUUGUAAAUAUUGUAGCUGAAUGAAUUCCUUUCCAUUUCUAGCUCGUUUGAAAGGAUACUUUCUACCCUCAACAUUUGAAGUCUCUCUGUGCUUGCUGUAUCUUCUAAAUCAUUGCUAAUCUUUCAACCUUUCCAGGUCAGCCUAUGAAGACACCAUGCGUGCUUAAACCUACAGAGAAGUUGUGAGAGAGCAGGUUCUCAUGGCAACUUUUAGUAGCUCCUUCAUCAGUUUUCUACUACUAUCAGCUAUUGUUCUCGCUCUGUUUUUCCUCUGCUUAUCUCCCUUUAAUCAAACAACCAAGAUUUCAAGUCGUUCGUCUUCUUUUUUUACACCUAAUUACAGUAUUGAUGGUAACACCAACCAUACUUUUGAUAGCUUUCAAUCCUUUUCUUCACCAAUUCUUUUGCUACCACCUCCAAACCCCACUUUUGAAAGGCUUCAACCCUCCCCCUCACCCUCGCCGUCACCAUCACAAGGCAUUUCACUAAUUACAAGGCUUGAAAGAAAAAAGACACGUUUUGAUGGAAUUGAAGCAGGUUUAGCUAGAGCAAGAGCUGCCAUUUACGAAGCAGUUCGGUCACAUAACUCUUCAUCAUACAAGGAGGGGAGUUAUAUCCCCAGAGGAGCCAUGUACAGAAAUCAUUAUGCAUUUCAUCAGAGUUAUACAGAGAUGGAGAAGAGGUUCAGGAUAUGGGUUUACAAGGAAGGAGAGCGGCCUCUAGUCCAUUCUGCGCCCUUAAACCUCAUCUACAGCAUUGAAGGUCAGUUUCUUGAUGAGAUGGAAAGUGGGAAGAGCCCCUUUGCUGCUAGUCACCCCGAUGAGGCACACACAUUCUUACUCCCUAUCAGCGUGGCCUAUAUCAUUCACUUUAUCUACAGGCCCCUCGUUACAUUCUCUCGUGUGGAGCUGCAGCGUUUGGUCCAAGAUUAUGUUGCUGUAGUCGCCGGCAAGUACCCUUACUGGAAUAGAACUGAGGGAGCUGAUCAUUUCUUGGUUUCUUGUCAUGACUGGGCACCAGACAUCUCACGAGCCAAUCCUCGUCUCUACAAGAACUUUAUUAGAGUCCUUUGCAAUGCAAAUACAUCAGAGAGAUUCGAGCCUCGAAGAGAUGUUUCAAUACCUGAAAUCAACAUCCCGUUCGGCAAGUUUGGACCGCCUGGCAAAGGUCUACCCCCUAGUAAGCGCUCGAUUUUCGCUUUCUUCGCUGGAGGAGCUCAUGGUUACAUCAGGAAGCUCUUGUUGGAACAUUGGAAAGAUAAAGACAAUGAAAUUCAAGUCCAUGAGUAUCUCGAUCAUAACAAGAAAAACGAUUACUUCAAAUUAAUGGGUCAAAGCAAGUUCUGCCUGUGCCCUAGUGGAUAUGAAGUAGCAAGUCCAAGAGUGGUGACAGCAAUUCAAUCGGGGUGUAUACCUGUGAUCAUUUCUAAUAAUUAUACAUUGCCAUUUAGUGAUGUUCUUGAUUGGAGUAAGUUCUCAGUGAACAUUCCAUCGGAAAAGAUACCUGAAGUUAAAACAAUUUUAAAGAAGAUUUCAUUCAGAAGGUAUCUGAUAUUGCAAGGGAGAGUUAUGAAGAUGCAGAGACAUUUCAAAUUGAACCGACCUGCUCAGCCGUAUGACAUGCUUCAUAUGAUACUUCAUUCAAUAUGGCUAAGGAGGCUUAAUGUCAGGCCGCCAUUUUGAUGUUCAAAGUCCUUACACCCACGUAGGGCAUCAAAAGAUGUUCUUUAAUUUGCAGUAAAAGCAGACAUGCAUGUAUUUGAUUGUUCCAUGGUGUAACAAAUGAAAAUGUAUGACAUUAACAUUUGUUUUCAAGCUUUUCAGAAUGUUCA